AUGCAAAAAGGCUGCCUAGCUCGAGGGGGUGCUGCACUUGUGCUAGCGUGCAAGGAGAUACGUGGGGGUGAUGGCCUGGCAAGCAAGAGCUAUUGUGUGGGGUCGUUGGGGUUGGGAGGGCUGAUGGCACUGGCGUUCGAGGAGCUACUGGCUGUGAGAGCAGCUGUGGGAGGCACUAGCGUGCGAGAGCUACUGCUACGGGGUGCUAAUGCUAUGGGCUGCUCUGUGAGGCUAAUAGUUGUGAGGGCAGCUGUGGGAGGCUCUGCCGUGGGAGAGCUAGUAGCUGGGAGGUGCUGGCGCUGUGGGCUGCACUGUGAGGCUACCAGCUGGCUGUUGGGCGAUGGUGUUUGUGAGAGCGAGUUGUGGGCAAGAGAGGCUGUGAGGCAAAGCUGUGGAUGUGGUUGCUCGCGAGGAGCUUGUGGGCGAGAGAGGUUGUUGGCUUUGAGAGGGGAGGGUUGUGAGGGAGGCUGGUGGGCGAUGGUGUUUGCGAGAGCGGGUUGUGGGCGAGAGAGGCUGUCGCAGAGAGUCGGCUGGGCGAAGGAGAUGAGUUUUUUGUGUUAG